AUCAAUAGACAUGUUGGCUGAAUGAUUGAUGGAUAGAUAGAUAGAUAAGCAUAGAUAGAUAGAAAGAUAGAUAGAUAGAUAGAUAGAUAGAUAGAUAGAUAGAUAGAUAGUUUAGAAAAACUGCUUGACCUCAUUUGUUAGAUAAAUUUCAAAUUCGUGCCACAUAGGUCCUUUUCCUCACAUGCAUGCCUCUUCUAUCUGUUGAAGACUUCCCCUCUCCUUCUUAACAUCAAAUCUUGAACAUACAUCCAUUGGUCCUGUGUGGUGCAACUAGUUGGAGCAAUGGAGAUAGUAGGUGAGUGCAUCUACAAUAAUCCCCCCGUGCUGGUUACCCCAAGCAAACCAACGCCCAAGCUUGCUCUGUACCUCUCAAACCUCGAUGACCAACGCCUCCUCCACUUCCCCAUCCAGUACAUCUACGUCUUCACCGGCACCCUUGACAUGGAUACUCUGAAGGUGGCACUCUCUAGAGUCCUUGUUGACUAUUACCCACUCGCUGGUAGGUUGAGGGCUAGCAAUGAGCACGAUGGCAAACUCAUCAUUGACUGCAACUCAGAGGGGGUUCUCUUUGCUGAGGGAUUUCUGCCCGGCCUCACUGCUGGGGACUUCAUCCUAGGGCAUGCCAAGCCUCAUAAGUCUUGGAAGAAGCUGCUCUAUAAAGAUGAGCAGAGCUUUGUGUGCACGCCACCACUAGUCGUACAAGUAACUCACCUCAGCUGCGGUGGCACCAUCCUCUGCACCGCCAUCGCCCACUGCGUCUCCGAUGCCUUCGGUGCCGCGCACUUCCUCCGUGCCUGGGCGCGCGCCGCCAUGUCCGAAGACUCCGAACUCGCGCAUCCCGCCGUCGCGCCCUGCCACGACCGCCGCGCCCUCGCGCCGCGCUGCACCCCGCGCAUCGCGUUCGCGCACCCGGAGUACACCGCUGCCAGCGGGGGCGAUGACGCCUCCGCCGUCGCGGAGGCCUCGUCGCGCCUCUUCGCCCCGCCGCUGUCGCCGGUUUCCGUGACCUUCACGGCCGCGCACGUCGCGCGGCUCAAGAAGCUGUACGCGCCGUCGGCGUCGCCUCUCGAGCAGUGCACGUCCUUCGAGGCGCUCGCGGCGCACGUCUGGCGCGCGUGGGUCCGUGCCCUCGACCCGCCGGCCUCACUCCCCAUCAAGCUCCUCUUCACCAUGGGCAUACGCCGGCUGGUCAAGCCCGAGCUGUCGGGAGGCUGCUACUGCGGCAACGGCUUCGUGCUGGCGUGUGCCGAGUCGACGGCCGGGCAGCUGGCGGCUUCGGCGCCCGACGCGGCGAGGCUGGUGCAGGAGACCAAGCAGCGGGUCGACGACGACUACGUGCGGUCCGUGAUCGACCUCCUGGAGGUGCGGCGGGGCUGUUUGCCGGACUUGGCGGCGACCUUCACGAUCUCCUCGCUGACGCGGCAAGGGCUGGAGGACAUCGACUUCGGGGCGGGGACGCCGGUCCACUUUGGCCCGCUUACCAGCGAGGUCUACUGCCUGUUCCUCCCGGUGAUCGGCGACCCGCGCGGCGCCACCGCGCUUGUGUCCGUCCCGCAGGCCGCCGCGGACAGCUUCGAGCGUUGCUGCCAUGAUGGACUGGAUGACGUGGACGUGGAAGACAAGAAUCAGCUGCCUAACAUAGGAGAUGGCAUGGCAUCCUAAAAUCCUAGGCGUUUGAAUGCCAUAUCUCUUCUAGAAACAAUAUAUUCAUAUGUCUCUCCAUUUGGCUCCAAAAUAAUAAAAUAACUAGUAUGGUGGUCCGCGCAGAUUACGCGGCUAGUAUCA